AUGCCGCAAAGCGCAGGGCUGAUCUCCGCCCCCAGCUGCUGCUUCUCCGCAAGGAGGUGGCUGAGUUGGGGGCGGGCUGGGAGGGCUCCCGGUGGGCAACGUGCCCGUCUGCGUAGCGACGUCCCUCCCCCUGCCCACGGACGCUGGGAAGAAGGGGGCGGGGCCGCGUUUGCAUCCGCGCCAUCAGGCCCGAGGUAGCGGCGAAGUCCGCCUUCAGUGUAUGGUUUUCCCUGCCAAGCGGUUCUGCUCGCUGCCAUCCAUGGAGGGCGUGCGCUGGGCCUUUUCCUGCGGCACUUGGCUGCCGAGCCGAGCCGAAUGGCUGCUGGCAGUGCGAUCGAUCCAGCCCGAGGAGAAGGAGCGCAUUGGCCAGUUCGUCUUUGCACGGGACGCUAAGGCAGCCAUGGCUGGUCGUCUGAUGAUAAGGAAAUUAGUUGCAGAGAAAUUGAAUAUCCCUUGGAAUCAUAUUCGUUUGCAAAGAACUGCAAAAGGAAAACCAGUUCUUGCAAAGGACUCAUCGAAUCCUUAUCCGAAUUUCAACUUUAACAUCUCUCAUCAAGGGGAUUAUGCGGUGCUUGCUGCUGAACCUGAGCUGCAAGUUGGAAUUGAUAUAAUGAAGACUAGUUUUCCAGGUCGUGGUUCAAUUCCAGAAUUCUUUCAUAUUAUGAAAAGAAAGUUUACCAACAAAGAAUGGGAAACAAUCAGAAGCUUUAAGGAUGAAUGGACUCAGCUGGAUAUGUUUUACAGGAAUUGGGCACUUAAAGAAAGCUUCAUAAAAGCCAUUGGUGUUGGACUAGGAUUUGAAUUGCAGCGGCUUGAAUUUGAUAUAUCUCCAUUAAACUUGGAUAUAGGCCAGGUUUAUAAAGAAACACGUUUGUACCUGGACGGAGAGGAAGAAAAAGAAUGGGCAUUUGAGGAAAGCAAAAUAGAUGAGCACCAUUUUGUUGCAGUAGCUCUGAGGAAGCCUGAUGGAUCUAGACAUCAGGAUGUUCCAUCUCAAGAUGAUUCUAAACCAACCCAGAGGCAAUUUACGAUUCUAAACUAUAAUGAUUUAAUAUCAUGUGCUGUUCCCAUGACACCUGAAGAUCCUUCAUUUUGGGACUGUUUUUGCUUCACAGAAGAAAUUCCAAUACGAAAUGGUACAAAGUCAUGAUGAUUCCCUGAAUAACAGAGGGAAAUGAAAACUGUUUGUAAUCUUCCACAUUCUCUGAAAAAUAAAUGCUCGUUAGCAUCAAACUUCAUUUCACAAAGGUUUUUUAAAGAACAGAAACUUUUCCCAUUUAAAAAAAAAAAGCAGACUUCCAAUUCAAGAUAGCUCACUGGAAUACUUGUUUACCUAUUUCUCUCCCAAAUUGCAUUGAAUUAAUAAGAAGGAUGGCAGAAUUUUAAAGUGAUACAUGCUAAAUGUAGAAAAAAAAUCGAAAAUGCACGUAAGCAAAAGGAAACAUUUAAAUGCCAUCUUUCAGAGAAAACUACUCUAAAAACCUUGAGUAUCUUUCCAUGCCCUUUUCUUGGAAAAUGAAUCCAUAUUUACACAUUUUGAUUUUUUAAAAACAUGGGAACAUACUGUUUUUAUAAUUUUUUUUAACUACCCAUCUACUGUUCAUAAAUAUACCUCUGUAACCUAAGAAUAUGUGCUUCUAACGUACUCUGUUGUAUAGCUAAUAAAAGUUAGGAUGUUUUUGGCCAGAGGUAACAGUGUCCAGAUAUAAUUGGCUUAAGCAACCAAGGACGUUGUUGAAGGUAACACAGGGUUCAGGGGUGUCAUUAAAGACAUGCUUUUUUUGCCUUGACCUCGGUUGGUUUUGCCUUUGGCUAAUCCACCUCUCAAUCAUAAGAGCUGCUGCUACUAUAACUUCUAGUUUUACGUCUUUGUAAAAUUGUGUCUCAAAGGCAGAAAAGGCCAUUUCUUCUCUAAUUUGUUUUAUUCAUGAGGCAGACUUUUAACAAAAUCCUCCAGAAGAUUUCCUCUCAGUUUCCACUGCCUCAGAUCGGGUUACUGAGAAAGGCACUGUCGAACAUUUUUAUUCUCUGGUAGGCUCUGUUGAAAAGAGAAAAGCUAAGGUAGGUUUGAAGAAUGGAAUGGGAAGCCCGCUGCCUUCCCAUGAGAAAGGUAUGCCAUAAUUUUCAUGUUUUUACUGUGUUAAGACAUUUUGAUUAUCUGCAGUUUGUUACUACAAGCAAUGGCAGAGUGAAUGUCCUUGUACGUUUUGAGGUACAUGCUUAAUUGUGUCCUUGAGAAAGUUUCUGACAGUGGAAUGGUUUGACUGAUUCACAGGGUUUUAAUUGUACAAUUUACCCCUCUAAUUAGUGCUGUAUAUGUUGACCUCCCUCCCCCCACCCAGCCAAAAUACUCUGUCAAAUUGCCAAUAUAACUAAAAAAUGAUAUGUCAUCUUUUAAAUUCGUAUUUCUUCAUUACAAAUGAGGUCGAUAUGUUAGUGUUGUUACUGGCUUCUCGUAUUCCUCUUAAUGUGAACCGUCUGUUUGUUGUCUUUACCUGUUUUCCUCUGAGCAAGUAGUACUUAAUUUAAAGUGGGAACAUAAUAUAUAAGAUGCCAAGACCAUACUGAUGACAAAAAUUUAUUAUGUGAUUGAUUGCAUGUCUUGGAGUUAAAGUCUUAUGUAUCAGUAAGUCAAAUAAUUUCAUUGUUUCUAUUACUCACAUUAAAAGUUGUGUGCAAAUUGUAUAAAUUAGGUACUUUGAUUCGUUAAAAAAAAUUGAAUGAGCCAGGCACGGUGGCUCACGCCUGUAAUCCCAGCACUUUGGGAGGCUGAGGUGGGUGGAUCACCUGAGGUCAGGAGUUCGAGACUAGCCUGACCAAUAUGGUGAAACCCCAUCUUUAAAAAAAAUGGAAUGUUUUAUAAUUUUUUUAUUUUAUUAAGCAUGCCCAGUUAUGCCAAGCAUAGUAAAUGAAGGUCAAGUAACAUUUAUAAUAGAGGAAGUAUUGUUAUCCCUAGCAUGAGUGUAAUGGUGUUGUGAAAAAUUUUGUCUUGUCGUUAUAAUAAUAAAAAAGUGCAUUUGUUACGGAA